GACGCCAGCAGCCUUCGUCGUUGCCGCCGACGUGCUGAGAGAAGCCUUCGCGCCGUCCCCGCCGCUCCCGCCGGCCGCCAUGUCCGCUCAGGCGCAGAUGCGGGCCCUGCUGGACCAGCUCAUGGGCACGGCCCGGGAUGGAGACGAAACCAGACAGAGGGUCAAGUUUACAGAUGACCGUGUCUGCAAGAGUCACCUUCUGGACUGCUGCCCCCAUGACAUCCUGGCUGGGACGCGCAUGGAUUUAGGAGAAUGUACCAAAAUCCACGACUUGGCCCUCCGAGCAGACUAUGAGAUUGCAAGUAAAGAAAGGGACCUGUUUUUUGAAUUGGAUGCGAUGGAUCAUUUGGAGUCCUUUAUCGCUGAGUGUGAUCGGAGAACUGAGCUUGCCAAGAAGCGGCUGGCAGAGACGCAGGAGGAGAUCAGUGCGGAAGUGUCUGCAAAGGCAGAAAAAGUGCAUGAAUUGAAUGAAGAAAUAGGGAAACUUCUUGCUAAAGCUGAGCAGCUAGGAGCCGAAGGGAAUGUGGAUGAAUCCCAGAAGAUUCUUAUGGAAGUGGAGAAAGUCCGCACAAAGAAAAAGGAAGCUGAGGAAGAGUACAGGAAUUCCAUGCCUGCGUCCAGUUUCCAACAGCAGAAGCUGCGAGUCUGCGAGGUCUGUUCAGCCUACCUUGGUCUCCAUGACAAUGACCGUCGUCUUGCAGACCACUUCGGGGGCAAAUUACACUUAGGGUUCAUUCAGAUCCGCGAGAAGCUUGAUCAGUUGAGGAAAACUGUGGCUGAAAAGCAGGAGAAGAGAAAUCAGGACCGACUGAGGCGGAGAGAGGAGAGGGAGCGGGAGGAGCGGCUGAGCAGGAGGUCUGGAUCAAGAACCAGAGAUCGCAGGAGGUCACGCUCCCGGGACCGGCGUCGGAGGCGGUCAAGAUCUACCUCCAGAGAGCGCCGAAAGUCGUCCCGGUCCCGGUCCCGAGACAGACACCGGCGCCACCGCAGCCGUUCCCGGAGCCACAGCCGGGGCCACCGCCGGGCUUCUAGGGACCGGAGUGCGAAAUACAAGUAACUACUCUGACUCCUUCAGUAGCUGCAACCAGGAGUUCUCCAGAGAGCGGGCGUCGAGGGAGGAGUCCUGGGAGCACGGGCGGAGCGAGCGGGGGGCUGCGGAUUGGAGGCUGGAGAGCUCCAACGGGAAGACGGCUCCUCGGAGGUCGGAGGAGAAGGAGGCUGGCGAGAUCUGAACCCACGACUGGGCGCUGUAAAUAUUCUGAUGAACGACACAGCCGAAAGUUAUUCUUUAUAUUUGCUGAAUACAACUCAUCUUUUGUAGUUUAAAAUUUCUAUUGUUUUGGAGCUAGCUGUGUUUGUAGAGAUGUACAGAGUUGCUCCUGUGUUCUGGGGUUCUCUUGAGUAGGAAUAAAUAAAUGUGACAGGCUGCCUCCUGACUGCUGCA